AUAACGGUUAUGGUAAUUUGCAUGUGAGCGCAGCAUACCCUCAAAGAAAUACUACUGGACUAGCAUUAAAUUCCAACAAUAUUUCCAUCACAUAUCGAGAUCCCAUCGAGCUUAGCAAUGGCAAUCUAUAUAUCUAUCAACAAAUUAAUGAUCAAAAGCGUAUUCUUCGACAGAUAAUUAGUGCAGACGCUUGUAGUAUUGAUAAAGGAUGUACUGUUUCAGGCAAUACCAUUGCCCUCCAAGUACUUGAUUGUACUUUCAAUAAUCCGAGUGCACAAUAUUAUAUAGAGGUCGAUAAUAGCUUUAUAAGGAGUUCAGAAUAUAAAGAACCAAUACUUGGAAUUCAAAAUAUGUGGCAGUUUUACACAGUCGAACAAACACCAUCUCAAAAACAUGCAGGUGACAUCUAUGCAGUAUUAAGACUAACAGAUGAUGGAUCUCAGUAUUUCUCUGGAUUGAAUUCUUCGGCAAAAGAAAACUUUUUUGCUACUUUGAUAAAAGAACUUACAAUUAUAAUUCCCACUGAGAAUGGAAGAUUGGACACAAAUCAACAUUAUCAAUAUGACAGUUCAUCGAAAGUUUAUCUCUCGAUUACUAUUUAUGCGGCAAAGGGUAAUAAUAAACUGAUUACUACAGAGAUAUUAAAUAAUUUAGACCAGCUGAUAAGGAAUAAAAAAUAUACGUCAAUAUCGACGGAAACUACCACACAAUAUUUGGACGAAACUUUCGGAGUCAGCAAAUAUCAGACAAUACAGGAAUACUUUGAAGUACACAAGUCAAGGUUCAUUAUAGUGUUUGUGGUUAUAGUUGCAUUUGCUCUGUUAUUCUUAGUGGCUAGACAAAUAUCAAAUGAGUCUAUACCAUCUCUUUGGGUACCGAGACCAUUCGUCAGAUGGUUUGCACAUAAUGGAAGAGUUGCUGUUUCAUUCGCAUUAUUAUCUGGAGCAAAUAUCGAUACAUUAUUAAUAUUAAGAUCACGUGUGAUGAAUCUUAAGAUGUUUAAUGCGCCAUUUAGCGAUAGGUCGUUGAAGACAAUAUUUUGGGGAGCUUGUAUUGGCGUAUUUCUAACAGAUAUACCGCAAUUUAUUAUUCAGAUAAUAUAUCUUCUUUCUAGUGUUGUGAUCGAUGUUACUUCAAUAUUUGCCGUAGUAGCAUCAGGUCUCUCAAUAGUUGCCAGUUUAACUAGUAAAUUCUUCUUUAUUUUGUAUGGUGCACAAUCUCCUUACUUAAAGCGUUUUAUGGUCGAUGAAUCAACCACAGAAAUUGAAAAGAUUGAUCCAACCAAUAUAAAUGAUGGAAAAUAA